GCUAAACACUUGCUGUGUUAUUGAAUUAACAUUACUGUGUCAACAAUGGGUGACAAUUCUGAGAAGGAAUACAAGGAAAAGUUGCUCCGUAUGGUUAAGAGAGAGGUCAAACAGAUAAUGGAAGAGGCGGUCACUCGAAAGUUUGUUCACGAAGAAAGCAGUUCCAUAACAUCCCUCUGCGCUGCUGUCGAGGCCUGUCUAUCAUAUGGUCUAAAACGUCGAGCUCUGGGACUCUUUAAGACCAACUCGACGACUGCUUUACUACAAAAAGUGGCCAAAUCUUCCGAACCGGCAGCUAUUGUCUUGAAGAUUGUCACUGAUUUGGAAAGUAAUGAUCCAAACAAGCGCUCGUCAUCGAGUAGUGAUAGCAUUAAUAAGAACCGCAUAACUAAAGCCAUUAAACAACAGAGCACUACAACUACAAAGCCUGUCGUCCGUUAUCUUUGGAUCAGAAUUGCAUUGUUUGAAAAACAUUUAGUUUCAAUUGUCGAUCAUUUAGUAUCAAAUAGUAACAAAUAUUACGAGAAGGAAGCACUGGUGUCUGAUCCAGUGGCCGGACAAAUAUUAGCAUCACUAUUGGUCGGUCCCUGUGCUCUUGAUUACAGCAAAAUGAAAACUCAAGACCACUUCUGGACUGAUCCACCGGCCGAUGAACUCGUUCAACGACACCGUCUCUCUGGUUCAGUAAACGGACCGUCGACUCCUCCUAUCGGCCGAAAACCAUUAGGACUUUAUUAUAAGCGAGGAGUCGAUGGAUCAAAAUCAUCUACGAGUGCCGAUGAAAAGAGCCCACCCGUGGGUCGAUCGUCUAUCUCAUGGUCGCCAAGAGAUUAUGUCGAAUCAUUGCAUCAGAAUUCCCGAUCGACACUAUUAUACGGCAAAAAUAAUGUGUUAAUUCAACCGCGCGAGAAUAUGGAAGCCAUUCCCGGAUAUUUAUCAUUACAUUCAACUCAUAUCGGAUUAAUUAUCAAAUGGACACCCAAUCAGUUGAUGAAUGGCUGUACUCCCAGUUUUGGAGAAUUGACUAACGAUUCAGUUAAUAGUCUCGACAAAAGUACAUUUUGGGAAUAUGCUCUAAGUUUAAGUGUCGAUGAAAUAGUAUAUCUUCAUUGUCAUCAACAAGAAGGCAGUGAUAGCAUAGUCCUGGUUGGACAGGACGGUGUAAUGCAACCACCCAUACGGUUCCCUAAAGGUGGACAUCUAUUGUCAUUUUUGUCAUGUCUUGAGAAUGGUCUGAUGCCAUACGGCCAAUUGGAUCCACCACUUUGGUCACAAAAAGGUAAAGGAAAAGUAUUUCCAAAACUAAGACGUAAAGGUCGCGGAUCAACAAAAAAUCGGAAAACAAUUGAUGCAAAUCUUGAGGAAGAAGACGACGAACCCUGUGAUUAUGUCUUCAGAAUAAUUGCCACUUUUGAAAAACCAGAAACCAUUCCACAAGAAUUGAUUUAUCCAAACACAAUAAAGGGUGCAUUUUAUCUAAAGAGACCAUUCAAUGGUAUGAAAAGAUCAAACAAUACAUCGCCACAUAAGUCACCAAACAAAACAAGUGAUGUCGACGAUAGUGAUAAAAAAUCUAAUGAAUCGCUUAAUAAUGAAGACAAUUGUGAGCAUAAAUUAGAAAAAGAAAGUGAAGACAAAUCCAAUUUAAAGCAAUUAUGUGUUACUAUGAAGAGACAAAUCAUUUCACGUGCUUUUUAUGGUUGGUUAGCAUAUUGUCGUCACUUAAGAACAGUUAGGACACAUUUAGCUGAUUUGAUCAAUACUAAGAUCACUAAUGCAAAUGAACCAAUUGAUGCUUUUGAUGGUAUCACUGAAGAGUUGUGGAAAUCAAUCAAAUUAAGUGAUGGAAAGAUAUCAGAUGCCAAUGAAGUUUAUAGAUAUAUAUAUUUCGGCGGAAUUCAGCACAGUUUGCGCAAAACUGUUUGGCCAUACCUUUUGGGUCAUUACUCGUUUGAUAUGUCAGACGUAGACAAGUCUGAGCGCGACAAAGAAGUGCAACAAAAUUAUGAACUCCUUAUGUCUGAAUGGCUUGCAGUCGAGGCAAUUGUAAGACAAAGAGACAAAGAGAUAGUGGCCGCCAAUUUGGCCAAAUUGUCUUCCGAAAGCAACAAUAGUGCAGACAUGCCAUUGACGGGUCCCAAAGAUCAUAAUUUUAGUAAUGAAGUAUUUGAGGACAUCUCAGAAGGCGAUGAAUCAAAACCAUCGAGUCGUAAGUCUUCGAUGCAAACACCGGAACAAAUCAAAGAAGGAGCGAUUGCAACAGCGAAACGUCAACUUCAAAGACACAAACCAGUGGAGAGUCAGAGCAGCUCUCAAAAUAUAAUAGUAACCAAUUCAUCCAUUGAUAUCACUAAUACAUUAAAAAGUGGACAAACCGUGGAUAAUGAUACCAACGAACCCGACUCUCAACACUUGCCUAUCGCCGGAAAUGGAGAAUCCAAUUCUCAAUGUGUGUCUCCCGUCUCAUCCAAUGGCGGAGUCUAUACAAAUGAGUUAUUAGACUUGUUUUCAUUGAAUAUUCAUCGCAUUGACAAAGAUGUUCAACGAUGUGAUCGCAACUUCUGGUACUUUACAAAUGAAAAUCUUGAGAAACUUCGAAAUGUAAUGUGCAGUUACGUCUGGGAGCACCUGGACAUCGGUUAUGUUCAGGGAAUGUGUGACUUAGUAGCACCACUUCUAGUCAUAUAUGAUGAGGAGGUGUUGACCUACAGUUGUUUCUGUGAGCUAAUGAAGCGAAUGGUAGCCAACUUCCCACACGGCGGCGCAAUGGACGCACACUUCGCUAAUAUGCGGUCAUUGAUUCAGAUAUUGGACGCCGAGAUGUUUGAAUUGAUGCACCAAAAUGGAGAUUACACGCACUUUUACUUCUGUUAUCGAUGGUUUCUCUUGGACUUCAAAAGAGAACUAGUUUACGACGACGUGUUUGCCGUCUGGGAGACCAUCUGGUCGGCCAAAUAUAUCUCUUCUUCGAGUUUUGUAUUAUUUAUUGCAUUAGCUUUGGUUGAAUACUAUAGAGAUAUCAUUUUGGAGAAUAAUAUGGACUUUACUGAUAUCAUCAAAUUUUUUAAUGAAAUGGCUGAAAGACACGAUGCAAAAGCUGUCCUCAAGAUUGCAAGAGAUCUUGUUUUACAAAUACAAACUCUUAUAGAUAACAAAUAAUUUGAUGAUCUCUUAAAUUUAUAUAUCAAAAUAUAUUUUAAAAAU